ACUUGAGGGAAUAUGGGUGGGGAAAGAAAACGCCUUGUGUUUUCGGGCUGUCUUGUGAUCUGGCUGUAAGUUUUAUUGUUGUGAGACAAGUAAAGACAUUCCGUGGUGUGGAGAAUACGAAUUCUGCGGGAAGGGAAGGAAAAAAGGGAGAUUAGAUCGUGUCAAGUGUCUUCUCAGCCUGGAAAUAAUGCUGUAAAGGCCAUGCAUGAAGGUGAAGGUGGAGAUGAGAUGAGAUGCUUCUGAUGCCAUGGCCUCACUGGGCAUUGAACUGAACCUGCUUCUGUGAUUUCCACUGGUGCACUGGUGAAGUCUGGCUUCUCACUAACAUCACUAUUCUACAUUAUGAUCCACCUCCUGACCAAGCCAUGAACUCCUGAUUGUUCAAGUAUUCCACAGUAUUUAGUCCUGAAAACGCCGUUAAACCUCCAUCCAUCACAAUGUCACUGGCCGAGCAGGCGCAGAAAUGGUUCCCGACACAUGUCCAAGUGACGGUCCUUCAAGCCGCAGGACUCCAGGCGAAGGGCAAGAACGGCACCAACGACGCCUACACCAUCAUCCAGCUCGGGAAGGAGAAGUACUCCACGUCGGUUGCAGAGAAGACGCUGAGUCCCAUGUGGAGAGAAGAGGCUUCGUUUGAGCUGCCAGGGCUGCUUUUGGAAGGCAACCCCGAGGUUUAUGAGCUGGGUCUCAUCGUGAUGCACAGGUCUCUGGUCGGGAUGGACAAAUUUCUGGGCCAGAAAACCAUCAACCUGAAUGAGGUGUUUGACAAGAAGGAACGAAAGAAGAUCAACUGGUACACCCUGGAUUCCCGUCCAGGCAAAAAGAGAAAAGAGCGAGGGAAGAUCCAGGUGAGCAUCCAGUUCAUGAGGAACAACAUGACGGCCAGCAUGUUCGACCUGUCCAUGCGCGACAAGCCGCGCUCACCAUUCUCCAAGCUCAAGGACAAGAUGAAGGGUCGCAAACACGACUCGGAUGCCUCGUCAGCCAUCUUGCCUCGUUCGGCGCAGUGCGAUGCUGAAUCCCAGCUUCCGCAACAAGUCUCAGACCACAAACCGCAGCACACGACUGUUCCACUGGAGCCCAAACCCAAACGCUCGCUGCUUAUCGGGACUCAGAAACUCUCAGCUGCACACUCAAUGUCCGAUCUAGUAGGAACACACUUCAGGCCCAAGACAGACUCCGUAAACUCCAUGGAGGAGAGCGAUGGUGUUCCUCCUCACCGUCGCUCUCAGAGCGAGAUGCCUGGUUACCAGGAUGGCGAGACAGCAGGUGACCCGUUCCCGGAAAUGCCGCAGAAAUUCGCCACACUCCCACGCAACCGCAACCCCUUCGAGUCGGAUCAGGGGCAGCUGUGGGACAAAAAGGAGAAGAAGGAGAAGGUCAGCUUGCUGGAGCGCAUGACGGGAAAGAAGGAAGGGAAGAAGACGAGCAACGGAGGACGAGCAGGAAGUUCAGGAGACCUUCGAUCCCCAAAUCCUUUCACCGCUGAAAGUGACACGAAUCCCUUCCUGCCACAUCACAUGCCCAGUGAUCACGCAAAGAAACCCGUCAGCAGUGAAGGCCCGAGUAAGAAAGGCGCUUCCCCGGAGAAAAAACAAGGAAAGAAGACCACAAAAGAGUCUGAGGCCAAUCAGCUCCAGAGCAGCAGGGCGGCGUACAGCAGCCUGUCGUUCGAGGAGGUUGUUCAGGAACUGAUCAAGCAGAAGGAGGUGGUGAAGAAGAAGGACGCGCACAUCCGCGAGCUGGAGGACUACAUCGACAACCUGCUGGUCCGAGUCAUGGAGGAGACGCCGAGCAUCCUGAGGACGCCGUACGAGCCGAAGAGGAAAGCGGGAAAAAUCUCCAAGAAGUAGACGUUCAAGUUCGAGCCGGAUCAUAAUCAACGGUACAUGCGGUGUUACAAGAAACGGUUCUGAUUCACGGUGAUCUUGAAGUCACACGUUGCUCUUAGUUUACAUGUUAAUCAGAAUUCAGUGACUCGAGAUUGUAUGUAUGUUUUUGUUUUUUUUUUUGAGUGAUUGAAGGACUUUUCUGCCAACGCCAAACACUGGCUUAGAGCUUUUUAUUAUGUAUUCUUUUGUUUAUACACUGAUUUUGUAAAUAUAUUGUUGUGUGGCGGUGUGGGAAAACCCAUCGGAAGCCAAAAAAAUCAAAGGAAAGAAAUCUGGUUUGGGGAAAUGUGUGUCUAUAUAUAUAUAAAAAAAAAAAACAACCCUUUAACGUGGAAAUGUUUUUAUUUCCUUUUUUAAGUUUGUCGAAGAUUCCUACAGAGGUCACGUUUUCCAAACAUGUCACGAGCUAAAGCCUUGCUUGCCAAGUAUUCGUACACAGUGAAUGUCACGCUUUGAUCAAGCGACGUGUCAUCGCAAAAUGGACAGAAUCCAUAUGAAUUCUGCUGAUUCGCGGUUGCCAAGAGCUCCGUGACGCUUCUGUGCGACAGUCGCAAUCAGAUCUUGACAGUUGGAUGAAACCAAUGUCAAAAUUUCACCAUGUCAAAGGUUUGCCCAGGCUGCCACACACACUUAGUGUUUUUUUUUUUUUUUUUUUAAGUGUGUUUUAAAAAGACUAACAUUGCGGUCACACCGAAACUGACUGUGAAAGGCUGAUUUUACACAGUACGAACAAACCUUUAACAUCCCGUUUCUUUCAUAAUGCACUUCACUUCAUCAAGCCUUCUGGUUUACGAAUCACAUUCCUCCUUGACACGACUGUUCCCAUAUGUCCAUCUCACCUUUCAACUGUGUGUGUGUGUGUGUGUGUGUGUGUGUGUGUGAGCGAGUAUGAUGUCGUGUUCGGAGGUGAUGAGUCGUUACAAGGUUGCGAGUCCGAGUCGUGUCGAUUGUCGCGUUUACGAGAAAGAGCGCAUAGUUUACUGUGGCGCACAGCCAAAAGGAACGGAUCUGGAACUCGUCGACCGUCGCGCCAUUCCGUUCCUCGGUACGAGCGUUACAUUACUGCAGACGGUGCUUCAGUUACAGAGACAGGGGUGCCAAUAUUUAUGAUCAAUCAAAAUGUCAAUAAAACUCACUAGGCGGGAAAGAGGAAAUGACGCAGGAUGUGAAAGGAUUCACUUUCUCUUCACGCCAAAGUUACAGUGAAAUUUGAUCUGUGAAUCUUGUGAGCCAAUAGAAAACAAGUGGGCGGGACUGUGGGCUCUGGUCGGGUGAGGGGAAUAAAGAAGCUACUACUUCUUAGUAAGUUCAUGAACUUUUGCUUCAUGUCUGAAAAAAACAAUUAAAAAGAAAUUUGAGAGAUUUUUUUUUUCUCUCUCUCUGCCUCCGAGCAUGAUCGUGUUCACAGCAUUGGUGCCUCCGCAGAAAUGUUCUCAUCACUACUGUCCGUUGUUUCUUUUAACGAUGAUUCUCCAAGCGAGCAGGUACUAAAAUUGUAAUUUUUUUUUUUCUCGGUAUUUGUUCUGACACAAUACACUGGACCGAUGCACAGUGACACUACUGAGGAUUUAGCCGAACUGCGAUUUGAAAUGAGGCUCGUGCUACUAGGAUUCGUUCCAAUUUUGUACUUUUUUAUCGUAAAAGUUUAAAUUAAAAUUUAAAAUAUUCAAAA